AUGGCCUCCGUUUUCGGCUUCCUACGACGAAACUAUCUCAUCUUCAACCCGCCCGUCGCACCAAAGCAAGAUGGCGCCAUCCGCUUCGGCGUCCUGGGUGCAGCCAAUAUUGCCCCAAUGGCCCUCAUCAUCCCGGCCAAAACUCACCCAGAGGUCAUAGUCCAGUCCAUUGCCGCCCGCGACCGUAAAAAGGCCGAGGCCUUUGCCGCGAAGCACGGUAUCCCGGACCUCGACGCAAUCUACGUCCCGCUGCCCAACGGCCUGCACUACGAGUGGGCCCUCAAGGCGCUGCAGGCUGGCAAGCACGUUUUGCUGGAGAAGCCGUCCGUCUCCAACGCCGAGGAGGCCGAGGCCCUGUUCCGGCUGCCGCUGCUCAAGGAGAAGGGAGCGCCCGUCCUGCUGGAGGCGUUCCAUUACCGCUUCCAGCCGAGUUGGCAGUACUUCAUGGGGCUUGUUGACAAGGAGAACGUCGAGCACGUGCACGCGCGGGCGUAUAUCCCCUGGUUCGCGCUCGGGGACGACGAUAUCCGGUUCCAGUACGGUCUUGCCGGUGGCGGGCUGAUGGAUUUGGGCACGUAUACCGUCUCGAGCAUCCGGCAGACGUUUGGCGUCGAGCCGGAAGAGUGUCUGACGGCCAAGUUCAAGACGAUGCCGCCGCCGGAGGAGAGGGCGGAUUACGCGUGGGACAUCACGUGGCGGAUGGCCAACGGCGGGACGGCGCACGCCGAGGGUGCGUUCCGGACGGGGACGUUGGGGAUGGGACUGCCGCGGCUGAGCGUCGUUCACAAAGAGGUCAAGGUUGCGGACGACGACAAGUUGCCUGCGGGCCAGGAGAAGACGCGGAAGCGGACGAUUGAGUUUGCGAAUUUCAUGCUGGGCGGGAUCUGGCACCGCAUCGACGUCGUGGACGAGUUUGUGGUGAAGCGGACGGGCUCGGGCGAGGUGGUCAAGAGGUGGACGGAGAAGACGUCCAAGAAGGCGUAUACCUUUGAUGAGGCCGGGUUGGCGGGCAAGGGCGAGGAGUAUUGGUUCACGUACCGGCAUCAGCUGGAGCAGUUUGUCAACCGCGUCAGGGGCAGGGAGACGAGCGUGUGGGUUGAUGGGGAGGAUAGUGUUAGUCAGAUGAGGAUGAUUGACAUGGCGUAUGAGAAGGCUGGGCUGCCGCUUAGAAAGUCAACCAGUGUUACGAUUUAG